UCUCUCUCUCUCUCUCUCUCUCUCUCUCCUCUUUCCUCCCUGUUUCCUCUGUCUCUCUCUGUCUCAAUAAAUCUCCCUCCCCAGAAUUGCCAGCCUCCCCUCAAUACCUUCACUUCAUAGAAAUGGAGGUAAUGAUACCCUCACCCCCGGCCUUCAACUUCGACAGCACUUCCACCACCCCCUUCCUAACCCCACCGUCCAGCCCUCCCCACUUCUCCCCCUUCUUCAGCGCCCCCACCAGCCCCUCCUCCUCCUUCCGCCGCCUCGAUGCCUUCUCCGCCGCCGCCGCCAGCACAAUCCCCUUCAGCUGGGAAGAAACUCCCGGUACUCCCAAAACCAAACAACGCGCAACCGAUAAUUUUUUCGAUAACUCAGGUGUCCGCAGCGGCUCACACGCAAUCCCCUUCAGUUGGGAAGAAAAGCCUGGUACUCCCAAAACCAAACAACACUCAGCCGAGAAUUAUUUUUACAACUCAGGUGUUCGAGUCGGCUUACGCGCAGUCGAAAACGAAACGGACUUUGAAUUCGACUUCAGCGGGCAUUUAGACAUGAGGAACUCCCUUUCUCUCUCCACAGCCGACGAGCUCUUCGACGGCGGCGUCAUCAAGCCUCUCAAGCCACCUCCCCGUCUACAAUUCUCCGAAAACAACGCGCUCGGUGAUUCUCCGAAAUCGCCGAGAUCUCCCAUCAAGGCGAAUUUUUUCAGAGAAGCUCUGUCUCCGAGGCAUCAUAACAAGAAGAAGGAUUUCGACCCGUUCGAGGCAGCCAUCGAGCAGACUAGGCGAGAGAGUUACGGCACCCAGCAAAAGAACAGCGAGUCCGAUACAACUGAACGAGGAGAACGACAGAGCAACGAGAGAGGGAGAGAGAGGGCUUCCGACUCGUCCGGCAAGGGCAGCCGCAGAGCGAAAGGGACUCGGUCGCUGUCCCCUUUCAGGGUGUGCGAUAUCUUCACCGAAAACUAUCAAGAAAUGAGGUCGGGCUCGGGCUCCUCCUCCAGCUCGUCGAAGAAUUGUUCUUCGGCGGGUUGGAGAGGGUACUGCAAGAAGUGGAAGCUGAAGGAUCUGCUGCUGUUCCGGAGCGCGUCGGAGGGGCGGGCGGCGGCGGCGGGGAAGGAUCCGUUGAAGAAGUACUCGUUGCUGAAACAGGGUGUCGGUGCGACGGAGGACGUGAAGAAUUCGAGUUUCCGGUCCACGGAGAGCGCCGGUUCGGUGUCUAGGAGGAGGGGAUCAUCGGGCGGUCCGGUAUCGGCUCACGAGUUGCAUUACACGACGAACCGGGCGGUUUCGGAGGAGAUGAGGAGGAAGACGUUUUUGCCCUACAAUCAUGGGUUGUUGGGUUGCUUGGGGUUUAAUCCGGCCGUCCAUGACAUUUCCAGAGGGAUCGGAUCCGUGACACGUGGAUGAUCCUGAUUCGUUAUCGCCUACUAUUUUUCUCUUAAGUAGUUGUAAAAUUGUAAACACUCAUAUUUAUUUACUCUUUUUCUUGGUUGGUGCCAAAGUCCAAAAUGGGUUUUCUAAAAGAAAAAUGAAAAGGGCCAGUUCCAAAGAUAUGUGCCAAGCAAAAUACUACUAGUAUUUGUUUUUUGGUCUCUGAUAAAAAAAAAAACAAGCAAAAUAUUUUUUGUCCUCCA